AUGUCUGUUCGCUACUGCUCAAGCAAGCAAUACCCUUCCUCCUGUAGUGGAGGAGGCGGAGGAUCAUCCCUCAAAAUUUUGGGCAGCAAAGGCUACAUUGGUGGAGGAUAUACCUCAGGAGGGUACAGCAGCAACUCUUUUAGCCUGGGAAGCUCUAGCGGGGGCUGCUUUGGAGGUUCAUUAGGUGGCUAUGGAGGACUAGGAGGAUAUAUUUGUGGAGCUGGCUUUGGUGGAGGCAGCUUUGGUGGGGGCUAUGGAGGAGGAAGCUUUGGUGGAGUCUUUGGAGAUGGCGGCCUUCUCUCUGGAAAUGAAAAGAUAACCAUGCAGAAUCUGAAUGACCGCCUGGCUUCCUACUUGGACAAAGUCCGGGCUCUAGAAGAAUCAAACUAUGAGCUGGAAGGUAAAAUUAAGGAGUGGUAUGAAAAGUAUGGCCCUUCAAGACCGCGAGAACUUUUUGACUACAGCAAAUACUACUGCAUCAUCGAAGACCUUAAAAAUCAGAUCAUCAGUCUAACAAUUGAGGAUGCCAAUAUUCUGAUCCAGAUUGACAAUGCCAGGCUUGCAGCUGAUGACUUCAGGCUGAAGUAUGAGAAUGAGGUAACCCUUCGCCAGAGUGUGGAGGCCGACAUCAAUGGCCUGCGCAGAGUGCUGGACGAGCUGACCCUGGUCAAGGCUGACCUGGAGUUGCAGAUCGAGAGCCUGACUGAGGAGCUGGCCUGCCUGAAGAAGAACCAUGAGGAGGAAUUGAGAAACCUUCGGAAUGUAUCCACUGGUGAUGUGAAAGUGGAAAUAAAUGCUGCCCCAGGUGUGGAUCUGACUGAACUUCUGAAUAACAUGAGAACCCAAUACGAACAACUUGCCGAACACAACCGCAGAGACGCUGAAGCCUGGUUUAAUGAAAAGAGUAAGGAACUGGCUACAGAAAUCGAUACUAACAUUGAACAAAUAUCCAGCUAUAAAUCUGAGAUUACUGAAUUGAGACGCACUGUCCAAAGUUUGGAGAUAGAACUACAGUCCCAAUUGGCCUUGGUAUGUUAAUAACUCUCUCUUGAAAUGACUUCCGCUUUAUUCUAUAAACUUUCCUGCUAACAGAAGAAUAGCAACAAUAAGUUAUACAACACAAUAGAAAAAUGCAGUUAGGAUAAGAAAGUAGAAAUCAAACUGGAGUCCUACGUUG